GCUCGCGACGGCCAGCGGUGCGCGUUGAGGGCCCGCCCCCUCGCCUGCCAGCCAGCUCCAGCCCCGCCCCCUCGAGCGGCAUCUGCUCACUCGGCUCAAGGCAGCGCGAUUCCCGAGGGCGCACGACCAGGGCGCAGGGACUUGGGGCGGGCGGCCCAUGGAGCCGGGGCUGCUGCGGCCCGCGCCGGUGAGCGAGGUCAUCGUCCUGCAUUACAACUACACGGGCAAGCUCCGCGGUGCGCGCUACCAGCCCGGCGCGGGGCUGCGCGCCGACGCCGCCGUGUGCCUGGUCGUGUGCGCGCUCAUCGUGCUCGAGAACUUGGCGGUGCUCGUCGUGCUCGGACGCCACCCGCGCUUCCAUGCGCCCAUGUACCUGCUCCUGGGCAGCCUCACGCUGUCCGACCUGCUGGCAGGUGCCGCCUAUGCCGCCAACAUCCUGCUGUCGGGGCCACUCACACUGAAGCUGUCCCCCGCCCUCUGGUUCGCGCGUGAAGGCGGCGUCUUUAUGACGCUCGCCGCGUCCGUGCUGAGCCUCCUGGCCAUCGCGCUGGAGCGCCUCCUCACCAUGGCGCGCCGGGGACCCGCGCCCACCGCCCGUCGGAGGCGCAUGCUGGCGCUGGUGGUCGCCUCCUGGGGCGUGUCGCUGCUCCUGGGGCUGCUGCCCUCGCUGGGCUGGAAUUGUCUGGGCCACCUGGACUCCUGCUCCACAGUCCUGCCGCUCUAUGCCAAGCCCUACGUGCUCUUCUGCGUGCUUGUCUUCGUCGGCAUCCUGGCCACCAUCUGUGCGCUCUACGCGCGCAUCUACUGUCAGGUGCACGCCAACGCGCGGCGCCUGCGGGCGCGCCCGGGGGCUGGCGGGGGCGCCGGGAGCCGGGCGCGCCGCACCCCGCGCUCGCUCGCGCUCUUGCGCACGCUCAGCAUAGUGCUCUUGGCUUUCAUGGCCUGUUGGGGCCCCCUCUUCUCGCUCCUCUUGGCGGACGUGGCGUGUCCGGCGCGCGCCUGCCCCGUGCUCCUGCAGGCCGACCCCUUCCUGGGCCUGGCCAUGGCCAACUCGCUUCUGAACCCCAUCAUCUACACGCUCACCAACCGGGACCUGCGUCACGCGCUCCUGCGCCUCCUCUGCUGUGGUCGCCGCCCCUGCGGUCGAGGCCCGGGCACCUCCCGGCCGUCGGGGAGCGCCGCUGAGGUUUCGGGCGGCCUGCACCGCUGGCUGCCCCCUGGCCUGGACGGCAGCUCCAGCCGCUCCGAGCGUUCGUCGCCCCAGCGGGACGGGCUGGACACCAGCGGCUCCACAGGCGGCCCCGGCGUGCUCACUACCGCCCAGACCCUGGUGCCUGCACCGGCCGCAGACUGACGCCCUCCGGCCCGCCGCUGCCUUCCUGAGAAAGUAUUUUGCAGACUUUUUCUCUUUAAAUAAAGGAAUUUGUAGGAAAAGCAGCAGAAGAUGGUGGAGGCAGAAGAGACGCGGGGCAAUGUAUUUUAUUGAUGCUAAACGCCACGGCAGUGAUCACAACAGACA